UGUCUUCAGACACAGAGGCAAACUUUCAUCAGCUGACACUCAGGGAAGAACAUUUAAAGGUGGAAGAACGUGAGGUUGUUAAGAUGAAGUUGGGGCUGCUGGUUGUGCUGGCUGUGGCGGUUCUGGUGCCCAGUCUGUCCGAGGGCCGGAUCGUCUCCAGAUGUGAGCUGAAAGACAAGCUCGGGGAGGCGAUCGUUCUGCCCAGAAGGCUUCAAAGGUUCAAGGAAAGAAUCUUGACUAUAGUUAUCUGUGAAGCAGAGAGGAGGUCCCGUCUGAACACUGGCCUGGUCAGGGUGUUCGGAAAACGCAAAACUACAACAGUCAGACCAACAACCACGACUCUCUCAACGCCACCAGGCAAUGAAACUAUCACCAAACCACCUAUCAAACCACCUAUCAAACCAAUGACCACCAAACCAAUAGCUCCUGAGCUAACCAAAGCAACAGUAGCAGGUACACCAAGGGGAAGAACUUCUGACACUGGCGGCAGAAGACAAAAGCGUGGGGCUGACAAAAUCAGUGCUGAGUCUGAAACAACUGGCGAUGAGUCUGACAUGGUCAGCGGGGAGACUGACACAAUCGGCGAGGAGGCUGAAACAACCGGUGAUGAGGUCGAAACGAUUGGCGAGGAGGCUGAAACAACCGGUGAUGAGGUCGAAACGAUUGGCGAGGAGGGUGACACAAUCGGCGAGGAGGCUGAAACAACCGGUGAUGAGGACGAAAUGAUUGGCGAGGAGGGUGACACAAUCAGCGAGGAGGCUGAAACAACCGGUGAUGAGGACGAAACGAUUGGCGAGGAGGGUGACACAAUCAGCGAGGAGGCUGAAACAACCGGUGAUGAGGACGAAACGAUUGGCGAGGAGGCUGAAACAAUUGGGGAGGAGGCUGAAACAAACGUUGAUGAGUCUGACACGACAGAGAUGGACGAGAGCUUGGAGGAAAUGUUCAACGAGGAAGAAAGCAAGUUCGAUGAGGAGGAGAUGAUGGAGGACGACAACAGGAUGGGCGAUGAGGACGAAGAGAGUGAUGAGGAGGACAUCGAAAAUGAGCAGGAGCUUGAGGAAGAAGGGAAACGUAAGAAGCGAUUUGUACCCCGCUCGAAGCCCAAAAGGAAGCCCAAGAGGAAGUGGAAGCCUUGGUCCCUCGGCUUUUACGGGCUCUUCCAGCUGUCCGACAGCACCUUCUGUGAUUCAGGUUAUCGCUGGACCAGAAACGUCUGCAAGACAAGCUGCAAGGCCUUCACUGAUGACAACAUUGAGGAUGACAUCGAUUGCUUCGUGAAGAGUCGUUACUGGCUGUUUUUGCUGAAGAGCGCCAGACGGUGUUAUCGCGCCAGGAACUUCUUCAACAAAUGUAAUUGAGCUGCUGUCAGAACACAUUUUCUGCCUGCAGGAUAUCACAGCAACAAUGAUUUCUUUCAUUUUUAUCAGCAUUAUCUCCAAUGUGACAUGUGCGCUGUGAACUGCACGGUAUAUCUUCCAAACUCUGAGAACCUUUUUCAUUUUCUUUGCUAAAGUCAGUUUGUUUCAGUUUCUUCGUGGGUGAAUUUGCUCCCAAAGUAACGAGACCUUGAACUAAAACUGAAUGUUUCUCGGUAACUGGAAUAGUUUUGGUGGUGUUGUUUGCUACUUGCAUCAGUAAUUAUGUUCCGAUGAUAAAACAAAGAGCAGCAAUUCUUGUAUCUUCUGCUGUCUGUUAUUCUUCAAUAAAGAUGUUCUACUGUA